AGUAGCUAAACUACUUAUGUUUAAAGACGGCAUCGAUGCCAAAACACUGGUGGAAUCGGAUGAUUUCAAAACAGGCAUAUCCUCCCACAUCCAACAUGAUGUCUGGGCUACACAAUUAGCUAAUUCUAGCAAACAACUGGUCACUACCCAAGACACCAUCAAGAAGGCUAUUAGCCACGGGCUCGAUAAUAUCACUUCGGUGGUGAGCAAAAAAAUACAACAGGAAUUCCGGAACCAGAAUUUCCGACGUAACAACUGGCGUGACGACGACUAUGACAGACAAUCAUAUCGCCGCCCGGAUGAUUACAGCCGGAACCAGCGUCAAGCUGAGCAACCAAUGUAUCAACCAACCAUUGGUACACCAACUAUAGCCAUCAACCCAGCCCCACAACAGCUCAACCAGCAGCUGGCAGCCCCACAGGGCUAUUGGAACCCGGCAAUCGCCAACCAACCAACAGGCUUAGUCUAUGCCUCACCUCAACCGGUUCAGCAACAACCGGUUCAGCAACGUACUGAAAUUCCGUACCGUAAUUUUAUAACAAGGGUCAGCACGGGCUACAAACCCCAUAUCUACCCGACCGUUAAGGCAUUAAAUCGGAUGCUCCGAAACCAGGUCCUUAUAAACCAAUCUCACUACAAUAUCUCUGAUGAAGAGAUUGAGGCCCUCUGCCUCGGACUUAACUUCAUACCAUCGGACAUUAGUCCGGAAGCGAAAGAAGCCAACUCCAGCAACCUUAACCAAGGUGUCAGCAAACUAAUUAGAGCAAUCAACAUCAGCCUACAUUUUGGAGAUAACUCCAGUACGAAUACAAGGAAGGGACGACUAACUAAGUUCCUCCCGAGCACUUGGGACCCCCCUACCCGAUCAUGGACACAAAUUCCAGCUGUGAUCGAUAUCCUGGACAAUAUCAUGAGCGUACCAAACGGUGCUGAACAUGUGGGAACUCCCCAACCAAUUAUAGAAGCAAUCGAGAAACUUCAAUCAGAAACCAAACUACACAUCCUUAAAGCGGAUAAAGGCCGGAACACAGUAAUCUGGGAAGCAGACGCCUACGACAGGGAGGCAACUAGACAGUUGUCAGACAUAACUACGUAUACGGAAUUAACCUUAUCUGAGUAUCACUCUCACCUCCAACGAAUCCAUUGCCUAUGUGAGACUCUCUCUGAGAAUCUACUAGCUAAUGGUUACAUAACAACAAUGGAGGACGAAGCAAUACGCUCCACCGAAACACGUGGAGCAUAUAUUUACUUUCUGCCCAAAACCCACAAAGACAUAAACAAAACAAGCUUAACAUUUCCUGGGCGACCAAUUGUUGCUACCUUCACAUCAGGAACUUAUCUACUCGACAAACUGAUAACAGAGGUUACUGCACCUCUCCUCCCCCGAAUACCGGGUUCACUAAUUGACACUAGCGACCUCGUGGAUAAACUUCCUAAACAAAAGUUACCUGAGGGUACACUCAUCACCACAAUGGAUGUGACCAGCCUAUACCCAAACAUACCAUGGGGUCCUGGCAUAGAGGCCGCAACCUCAUUCUACACCAGCAACCUGGAAUUCUUGCAACAGGUCGCGGAACAAAACAAUCUACUCCGACCACCCCACCCAGCACUAUUCAAAAGAAUUCUCAACACUGUCUUAUGCAACUCUAUCAUUAACUUCAAGGAUAUACGGUUUUUUCACCAAACCAAAGGCACGGCCAUGGGUUGUUGUAUCUCGGUCUAUUUCGCCAAUUGCUAUAUGUUCCACCUUACUCAACCGGUGAUCGAAAGACCUCCAGGUUGGCUUAUCACCUUCCUAAGAUUCAUAGACGACAUUCUCAUCAUCUCGAAUCACACGGGACCCAACGAACUACCUGAAUUAAUUAAAUCUAUAACUACGGAGCAUAUAGCGUAUACACACACGCAGCCCAGCCAAUCGGACAAUUUUUUGGAUAUCACUAUCCACCUCAAAGCUUCUACCAACACACUUGAAAUCUCACCUUAUACUAAGGAAACGGCCUCGGGAGCCUAUUUACACCCAGCCUCCAAUCACCCCGGUCAUGUCCUUUCGGCCAUACCGUACUCUCAAUUUUUAAGAUUACGACGAAACUCGUCUACAAUUGAUAUAUUCAAAAAACACGCCCGAAAAAUGAUGACCGACUUCAAAAUUAUGACAUACGACAAGAAACUACUCAAGCGCAGCUAUAAUAAGGCCCUUUGCGGGAACCCAACAUUGACUAGUACUACGAAACAGACUAAUAACGACGUAUUCCGGCUCAUUACAACAUUUAACAAAUACACUAACUGGAAACACAAGUUGUACCAACUAAAAAACCUCUACAACUAUAUCCUGGACCAUUACAGUAAAAAUGGACCUUUCCAGAACUGGAAACACAUUCGGGUACUCCAAGCUAAGCGUCCCGCAAUCGUCUUCACUAACGGACCUAGCAUUAACUCCAGAUUUUCUGGACAAAUCAAGAAACCGUUCAACACCUACCCAGGUGGGACGCAGGCUAACAUGGGACUCACCAGUACCCAGCACGAUACAUCGCAACCAGGCAGAAGCUACCCAAGCCUCCACAGCCCUUACACCACGCUGGAAUUCACCAACACAAACCAGCAACAUGCCAGACCAGGCCCAACAUAUCAAUCUCGACUGGGCGGCCCACAUCGUCGAAACCCGACAAGGGAACACCAACUCGGGCACAGUACAAAGAAUACUGGAUCGGGGACUAACAUCCAGGCAGGGAAGCCUUGACUGGGGCAACACCUACCUUCGACGGAAGGGGAAAACCCUUAAAGAAUACUAUAUGUUAACACCUACCCAACCAAAACACCGCGGAACCAUUUUGUAUAAUGGAAAUACAGCGUAUCACUUCUCCAGAAUCGCACCUGCAUCAUCCCGGCCCUUUAGGCCGAUCUACAAAUUCCUCUCGCAAACUGGAUCCCAUGACUGGAUCUCGAUCGGCCGUGAAGAUUUUGAAUUAUUGGAGCCUUUGGUGCCCACAGCCAAACACCUGGCUGCACUCUCAGCCUUAACACAACAAUAAGUUCUGUAUAACACUUGCACUUCCUAAUAAACUGGUUGUCCUUUCCUG